CAGUACUGGUAUAUUUGGAUCGAUGUUCUGAGGUUGCAUUCUUGGCUUUUUCGCGUUUUGUUUUUUCGGAAGCAAUUAUCUAAUAGAAGACUUUAUUGAGUGGUUGGCACACGUUGCAGAGCACUUUCUGAUACACGACAUAAAGCAAUGGUGGCUUUUUACAGGUGAAUACAGACAGUUAUGAGUGGGAAGCUAUAUAAAUACUCUGCUCUGUAAUAUUUCUGAAUAUAAAUUUUGAUAUUAGUUAUCAAUAAACCUCAUUGCUGUUUUGUAUAAAUGGAUGAUGAAAUUGAAUUUAUAUUUUUCGCUGUCUUUCGUUGACCCACGCGUUAUCAAAUGAUGCAAAGCCGAAAUGUUUAACCAGGCGGUAUUACCACAUGAUGCAAACCCUCGAUAAAUAAUUUAUAAGGGCAACACGCACUGUGGCAGCACGCCGUAAUUUAUAAGGGCAGCACGCAGCAUUCGUAAUCGGUACCGCGUCCACGUUAAUGAUAAUUAUCGACACUAGAUGGCGGGGCAAGCCACGUCAGCGUCCAGCAUCAGCAACGAUGGCAGGUAAGAAAAGGAAAACAAGCCAAGUUUUGCAAGAAAAACAUGGAAUCAACGGCAACGGAGCGACGCAGAAAGCCGGUCAUCGAACGGGAAAACACAACAAAGUGGACGCGGGCCAGGACUCGUCUGUCGACUCCUGGUACAUCGUUCUUGCUCUGGCCAUCGCCGUUACCAUCAGCUACGUGCACGGCUCUCACAUCGCGUACAUGUUCGAGAGCGACAAACACUUCUCGCACAUGUCGACGCUGGAGAGAGAAAUGUCGUUCAGAACCGAGAUGGGCCUGUACUACUCCUACUUCAAGACGAUGACCGAAGCUCCGACGUUCCUCGCCGGACUCUCCAUGCUCGUCUACGACAACGUCACCGAGUUUCCGCUCACGAUCAACACCCUGAAGCGCUUCAACCUCUACCCGGAGCUGACGCUGGGCGCCGCCUACCGCGUGUUCGACGGCGUGAUGGGCGCGCUCGGCAUCCCGACGCAGCAGUGCUGGCAGGUGAACCGCGGCGCGGACCUCGCACCCGUUCCCAGCUGCGAGGGCAUGGGUGAUCUCGCAUACUUCUACACGAACUGCGUGUUCUUCCUGAACGGACUGCUCAUGGGCCUCUUCUUCCUCUACGGCGCAUACCUGAGCGGCAGCCUCGUCGGCGGCGGCGUCGCGACGGCGGCGUUCUUCUACAACCACGGCGAGGCGACGCGCGUGCAAUGGACGCCGCCGCUGCGCGAGAGCUUCGCGUACCCGUUCCUCGUCCUCCAGAUGGCGCUCGUCACGUGGACGCUGCGCAGCCACCGCGCCGGCGUGCACCACCUGCUGGCGAUCGCCGCGGCGACGACCUGCUUUGUGUUGCCGUGGCAAUUCGCGCAGUUCGCGCUGAUGACGCAGACGCUGUCCGUGUUCGCAGUCUACGCGCUGCGGUUCGCAUCCGCGUGCAAGGUCAAGGUCGUGCUGCGAGGUCAGCUGCUUGGCUUCUCCAUCGCCUUCGUCCUCCUGUUCGGCAACGAGAUGCUGCUGACGUCGUUCUUCCUGCCCGUGCUGCUCACCGUCAUGGCAAUCGUCGCCAUGGAGCCCGUGUUGGAGCGCGCGCUCGCACGGCCGCUCGUCUGGCUGGUGCAGGCUGCCGUCCUACUGACUGGAACGCUCGGGAUAAAGACGCUCGCAGGAAGGUUGCUUGCCAUCACCGACGACGCUCACAUCGGCAACAUCUUCCGAUCGAAGUUUUCCGACUACAAGGAUUUCCACACGAUGCUUUACACCUGCGCGAGGGAGUUUGACUUUCUCGAGCUCGAGACGGGCAUCGUGCUGUGCAAGACCCUGCUGAUACCGACGGUCGCAGUCGUGCUGCUGGCGAUAGCCGUGCAUCUCGUCAAGGACGUGCACUCACACUGCAAGGGCACGGAGGCGGUUGCCGACGGCGACGACGAGGACGAGGAUGCGGGGGUAGUGCGAUCGCGCGUGUCCGCCGCCGUGCUCUAUAACGUCGUGCAGCUCUGCGCAUUCGCGCUCAUGGCCGUCAUGGUGAUGCGCCUCAAGCUGUUCCUCACGCCUCAGCUGUGCCUUGUCGCGUCGCUCAUCGCCUCGCGAGACCUCCUCGCGGCUGUCGCCGGCCCGCGCGCGCGCCACUACGCCGUCGUCGCCGCCCUGGUGGCGGUGAUGAGCUUCGCUGGCGUCGAGAAUCUGCGCGCGCAGUGGGCGAUCCGCGGAGAGUUCGCGAACUACCCGCUGGAGGAGAUGCUCGAGUGGAUCAAGACGCGCACGCCGCCGCCGGCCGUCUUCGCCGGCGCGAUGCCGACGAUGGCCGCCGUGAAGCUGUCGACGGGCCGCGCGAUUGUCAACCACCCGCACUACGAGGACGCGGGCCUGCGCGCGCGCACGCGCCUCGUCUACUCGCUCUACAGCCGGCGGCCGGUUGCGGACGUGUCGCGCGCGCUCCGCUCGCUGCGCGUCGACUUCGCCGUGCUCGAGGACUCGUGGUGCACACGCCGCACGAAGCCCGGAUGCUCGAUGCCCGAGAUCUGGGACCUCGAGGAUGCGGAGCAUCGUGGGAAGCCGCCCGUCUGCUCGCUGCUGCGCACCAACCCCGAGCCGCACUUCAAGACGGCGUUCAAGAACAGGGUGUACACGGUGCUGCACGUGUUGCACGUGUAGCAGCGGCCUGCGUCCAUCGCCGCGGCGACGAUUGCUUGAUUAAUUAUGAUUAUCGAUGAUU